AGAGAGUUAGAGGUUAUAUAUUCCUCUAGCCAUUUUAUUUCGCCUUAUAUCUCCCGACUUUCGUGGGCGAAUCCCUAGAGGACAAAAAUAUAGGUGUUAGGUAAGCAGAAGCAGAAGGGGUUUAUCUUCUAUACGCGGCAAUGGCGGAGCCCGAAAGGAAACAAAGAACGAGAAGAAGGCGGGUAGGACCAGAGUCCUUGGCAGAAACUCUUGAAAAAUGGAAAGAGCUCAACAAGAAGCUUGAUUCAUGUGAUGUCAAGCGGAUCCGCAAGGCUCCUGCCAAGGGUUCAAGAAAAGGAUGCAUGAGAGGGAAAGGAGGUCCAGAGAACUCCAAAUGCAGCUAUCGUGGUGUUAGGCAACGUACUUGGGGCAAAUGGGUUGCUGAGAUUAGAGAACCAAAUAGAGGAAAUAGACUUUGGCUGGGUACUUUCGCCACAGCCCUUAAGGCAGCUUAUGCUUAUGAUCUGGCAGCAAGAGCAAUGUAUGGUCCUGGUGCUCGUCUCAACUUUUCCGUAGAUCAAAUUCCCUCCCCUUCAGAAUCAUAUAGUUCAACUAUCACAACUAGAGAGGAAACCAGAGAGGAGGCAAAUACGGAGCUGAAUGACUGGUUAAAUCUUACAGAAGAUCUCUCGUGUGAAAAUUUUGAUGUAGAUGAAAUGCUGAGGAUGAUGGAUGCUGAACCAGGGAACACUGGAAUAACUACAGAACCAGAUACCGAAGAUAUAACGCAUUGCUGCAGCCCAUGUCAUAUGACGAGCCCUUCUACAUUGUCAUUCCAGUUGCAGAAUCCGGACGCCAAAUUGCUGGGAGCAUUGGAUCAUAUGGAGAAUGAAACUAGUGACACUGAUUUCAGCUAUGACUUCAUUAGACCAAUGAGGCAAGAGCUUGAUUACUGGCCUCCUGGAAACCCGGAAUUAUUCGACCUUGGGUUCACUGAUGGAGGUGGCCUUUUCUGAACUCUCAAUCAUAUCGUAUUAAUUAUAGCUGUGUUUGAUUUGUUCAUUUUUUUGGGUGAGGAUACGCCUAUUGCUGCAUUGGCCGCAUGGCAGCAAAGGUUAUGAAGGCAAAGUUGGUUCUCUUGUUUUUUUUUUUCUUUCCGGGAGGAUGGUAAACUCUGCUUUCUCAAUGUACCUAUAUCAGGGAUAAUUAUGCUGCACAAGUGUGCUCUAAUAAUGUAUAUGACCUGCGCAGAAGCGCUAAUAAAAGGUUUCACCAGUUUUUGUUUUUUUUUU